AGUGUGCAAUUGCAGGAUUUCAGUGUACUCUCAUUUGGCAACAACGUGAUUGUUAUCAAUUUAAAUAGAACUUCACCUUUAUAUGGAAUGUUGUCUUAACAUCAACUCAACCUUAGCAAUGCAAGCAAUCAAGUGUGUAGUGGUGGGUGAUGGCGCUGUCGGUAAAACUUGCCUCCUGAUCUCUUACACAACCAAUGCUUUUCCUGGAGAGUACAUCCCCACUGUGUUCGACAACUACAGUGCCAAUGUCAUGGUGGAUGGGCGCCCUAUCAACCUAGGUCUGUGGGAUACAGCGGGCCAGGAGGACUAUGACAGGUUGAGACCUUUGUCUUAUCCACAAACUGACGUUUUCUUGAUCUGUUUCUCAGUCAUCUCUCCGGCUUCUUAUGAGAACGUCAAGGCAAAGUGGUACCCUGAGGUUACACACCACUGCCCAAAUGCUCCCAUUAUUCUGGUUGGAACUAAACUGGAUCUCCGUGACGACAGGGACACCAUCGAGGGAUUAAAACAGAAAAGAUUAAGUCCUAUUACUUACACCCAGGGGUUAAAUAUGGCUAAAGAUAUCCGUGCUGUAAGAUAUUUGGAAUGCUCAGCCCUCACCCAGAAAGGACUGAAGAGCGUGUUUGACGAAGCUAUAAGAGCAGUUCUCAUCCCAAGACAGCCAAGAAAGAAAGACAAAGGGAAAUGUGCUUUACUUUGAACUGAAACUAAAUGUGAACCGCGUCCGGGAACCUACGCACGGUAGUCCGGGAGACUUAGUAGAUCUAGCUCAUCACAAUGAAUAUUAGAAUUUUUACAAAUUUUACUUUAUUUGAUACCUCAACUACAAAAUUGUUUGUAAAAUUUGAUAUCAUCAUUUAUUAAGCAAUUUCAUCAUUUUUUGGAGAUCUUGUCGAAGCAAUGGUACUUUUACCCACAAGCUUAUUGUUGUCGGCAUAUUUAUGGAUAACAUCACAUUUAUACAGUAUUUUGUGCCACGAAAUGUGAUUUGUUUACAGUUCUUAACUUUAUUCUGGUAUGUACAGAUAACUGGGCGAGUAUAAGAUAUCAUUAUAUAUAUCUGGUUGUAUCUGGAUUCUCGGUUUUAUGGUGGACCUUCUUAGAUUCUGCAGAUUAUAAAGGACUUUUCUGAAAUGUGCAAAUUGUAAUUCUACAAAAUAUCAUAAUAUGAACUUCAAUUUUCAAAUAUAUGCUGCUAUUUAAACCUUCAGUUAAAAAUGAUAUGUUGGGAACCAUUUUGGCCAGGGGUCAAUAACAAACCCAAUGUCUCUCUAAACCGGUAAAACGGUGCAACAGCCACGAACAUUAGCCUAGUAAUGAUUUCCGCUCAAAAUAGCCAUUCAUAGUUUAUCAAUUUGUUAGACAAAAGCGAAAUUGGCAAGCCAAGAGUAAAUCGCGGUAUAAUAUAAUGAUUUAUUUAAUAUUAUAAUGUUGAAUUUCGAGGUCUAUUGGUGAUAUAUAACAUACAGUAUUAAAUUUAAAUAUAUAAUAGAGUUUUCGGUGUAGCUUAGUUGCUUUGAAUGCAUUAUUAAUAUAACUGAGACGUCUAUGAAAAACAGUAGCUUAGUAAGUUUUGAAAUUUUUGUUAGAUCUUUUGCAUGAUGUGUUUGUAAGUGUGGACUAUUGAAUUUGUGCGGUUACCUUGGUAACAAUGUUUAACGGUGGACCAUAUCUUUUUGAGAGGCUAAUUUAUAAUAUCUACAGUGAUCUGCCAAAAUCUUUUGUUUGAAAGCGAGGUUCGCUUCACACACACCUUUAACGUGUUACUCAAUGUUUAUAUCAUAUUCUUUUGCUUUAAUAAUAAUACUUUAUUAAGUGUUUGUACAUUUUACAAGGUUAUGAAAGCUAUCCUUAUACUAUAUUCUAAGAGUCUACUAGCAAAGAAAUUUAUUAGAAAUUAUAAAGAGUUAAAAUUUAACUGUCCUUUCUUAAGAAUGGAGAAUGUGACAAGUAGAGCCUGGCAGGGUGCCAAUUACUUUAAUUGGUCACUUUGAAACACUGGACUACUCCAAAUUAUUUAAUUGAUCGAAGAAACGCUAAAAAUAGUGUGCAAGUUUUGACUUUGGACAGGAAAAUAUAUUGUGAUCAUAAGAUGAAGGUUUGUUUGAAUUUAAAGUUUAAGAUUUCAUCAGCCUAUUUAUAAGAAUUUAUCAACUGUCACUUAAUCGCUAAUAAUACGGUUCUUAUUAAGAGAGAUUAUGGUUUUUAAAAGAAAAGCAAGUACUACAAGGGUUAUUAUAUAGUCUCAUUAGAAUCACAAAUUUGUAAUUUGCUUGAUGAUAGCAUUAAUUAAAAUUCCACUGUAGUUUAAUUAUAUAUAACCAUGUUUUUGAAUUUAAGAUUCCUUUAGAAAAA